CUUUUCGCCAAACGGACUUCUACCUUUUCACAUAAAUUGCAACACUUGCAAAAGGUACCUGCGGGAGUGCCCAGCGAUAUACGCUUCACCGCAGCUGGUUCCCCUUUUUUUUUUUCCUUAUUUGAAGGCAACUUUUUGGCCGCCCUUUUCGCGUGACACUUCGCUGCGCCUGCGGGUUGACGCUCACUCGGCGGGGGCGGCCUCUCCAGGGGGACAUUCCAUUUGAGAACUUCCCCCGAUGGAGGGGAGGUAAAUCCAACGAAAUAUAGCGAAGUUGAACGAAGUUGAAAGAAAUUUAGCGCCAUUUCGCCACACUUAGCGAGCGCAUUUGUGGCAAUCGCACAAAGAGAGCCUAACUCCGGAGCAGCCCUGACCAGACGAGGAAGCGAAGAUGAUUGGGGGACUCUCCGUUUCGAUUACGCUGAUCGGCUUGGCGUCCCUUGUGAAGAGCGGCCACUCCGUGUACCUCCUCCUUAGCGCCUUCAAGUUAGAAAAUGACAGCAUCGAUCACUUCACCAUUCCGUACACGCUCGUCGUGCAAAUUGUGCUGUGCGCCCUGGUGACCAUUUACGGCGGAAGCAGGCUCUUCCUCAACUUCAAGCAGAUCCGGGGGAGCGAGCCCACCACCUUCGGUAGUAGCGAGUGGGACAAGAGCCACGCGCGGAAGAGCUACCGGCCCUGCCUCAACAGGAAGUUCUUCAUCAGGAGCUACGCGAAGGAUUUCCUCCUCAAGUCCAUUUGAGGAGCGGCUAAGCUGCUAAGCGGUUAAGCGGUCAAGCGGCUAAACUGCUUUAACCCCGUGAACAUACGCAUGCGUGUGAGCAUGCCACGUUACGUUAGACCGCCUUUGCUUUACUUUUUUUUUUUUUUUUUUUCGUCGCACAACUUGACCGAUAUGGCUAGUUAACCACGGGGUGAGUAGCGUAAAGGGGAAAAUGGAAAAACCUGGCGCAGCGAAGUGAGCGCAAAAAAGGGCGCAAAAAUGAGCGCAAAAAAGAGCGCAAAAUGUGCCCAAAGAUGCAUACGUACAUACGUACAUACGCACUGCGCAUGUGCGGGGCUGGCUAGACGCCGGCGCGCUUGCGGGGGGCGCACUUGAUGAUGUCGUCCACGCGCAGAAUCAUCUCGACGGCCUCCGUGGCGGAGGUCAGCUGGGACAGCUUCGAAUUGUACGACUCGUAAAUGCCCAGCUCCAUCACGUUGCCCACGUCCCCCGUGUUGAUGUCUAUCCCAGCGUAGACGUUCCCCUUGGUGUGUUGUGCUCUUAUCUUGCUAACUAUUUCUGAGCUGUCAAACCCUCCAUUAUCAAGUAUAUAGGUGGGGAUCUGUCUGAGCGCUUUUGCAAAAGCCUCAAUGGCCAAGCUGCGCUUUCCCUCUACAGUCCUCGCUAAAUUGUCUACAGCAUUACUCAUAAGCAUUUCAGUACACCCGGCUCCUAAAACGACUCGAUUGUCUUUCAUCGUUUCGGCUAAAACGGCAAGGGCGUCAUGCAGAGAUCUUUCACUCUCCUCCAAAAUGUGUGAGGAUGCCCCUCUCAAAAUGAUGGUACAAGCUCCAUUCUUUUUGCAGCCAGAAAAACGAAUCAGUUUAUCCUCCCCGAUGAUGACUUCUUCAAUUUUUUCGCAAUAACCCAAUUGAAUGUUUAGAUCCUUUUCAAAAGUAGAUGCAAUUUCAGCUCCUAAGCAGCUAGCCAAUCUUUCCAUGCCAUCAAAAUCGCUGUGCUCAAUGGUCAUCACGUUGUUCUCCCGAAAAAUCUGCUCCGGGUAAUUAUAUAUCAAUUGCCUGUUAAUAAAAACGUUACACCCAUGAGCAAUUAUGUCUUCUACUUUCCUUUUCAUUUUGAGCUUCUCCUCAUUUUCUAAGUCCUGUAUGUCUUCGAAGCUGCUUACAUUUACCUUGGUGCCGUAGAUCUUCACCUUAUCUGUGUCCAUGGGGGUGUUGGCUACCAUAACGUUGCAAUUGGUGAGACUCUUCGGUUGGUUUAUGCCAAUUCGUUUCUCCAAAAUGAAGCCAUCUUCCAAAUAAGAAUCUUUGAUAGUCCCUCCCGUUUUCUUUAUCGUCUGAAUGAGAUCCAAAUUGAGGCUCUCCUUUAUCCGUAGAACUGCAUUUACGGCUAGCUGGGAGAAGUGCUCCUUUUCAUGCGUCAGCAGUUUGGAGGAGAGGGUCGUCCUGGCAAUCUUCAGCAUGUCUUCUUUAAAUUGAUCCGAAUUGAUGUCGUGGCUGAAACAGGACUUUUCCAAUGCAUCUCUCGCUGCCUUAAGGGCCAUUCUAAACCCAUCACAAAUAAUCUGUGGGUGUAUUUUAUUUUCAAUUAGAAUUUCUGCAUUCCUGAGCAUCUCUGCUGCCAGAACUACAACGCCGGUGGUUCC